GUCCGAGGUUGGUGUCAUGAGGAGGCUUGAAGGUCUUCAGAGGUGUGUUGUUGGUGGUUGCACCUGCAAGUACGCAACAGCAUGGCGGAUGAGGUCGGCAUGGAAUGCGGGGAAUGGUGGGAGGGGGAGGUGUGUUUGGUGGUGGUGGAGAUGCAUGAGGUUGUUGAGGUAAUCCCAGGUGCGGGGAUGGCGGGGGAUGUUGUACAUGGGGAAGGUGUGGCGGGAAGCAAGGAGGUUGUGGAUGGUGGCGGUGGCGUGAAGAGGUCCCCAAGAGUGGUUGUGGCGGAGGUGAGGUGUCUUUGUGCAGUUGUGGAUGGGUGUGCUGUCGAUGUUGGAGUGGAGGGGGUGGUUGUUUGGAUUGGAGUGGCGGUUGUGGACGUGAGGGAUGGAUGUGUCAUUGUGGCUGAUGUUGUAGGUGUUGUGGUAGUGGUGGCUGUGGUGGAGUGUGCCAUUGCCAAGUUCAAGAAACCAUUGAGCAUAUUAAUGCCCUUCAGGAGUGUUAAUGCGGCGGGAUUAGCAGGGGCGCAGUGUAGCACGAUGUGGAUGAAAAGAUCUCGGACCAUUGGUGAAGAAGCCACUAAUAUUGCAUCUUGAAGGACUGCAUCGAAUUGCGUGUUGUCGUUAAGGAGGCCUAGUGCACGGCAUGCUGAUUGAUAUGUAGGAUGAGUUUCGUGAUCAACUGUGCGCAAGUGUUCAAAGGAUGUUGCGCCUCUAGAGUGUGGGGAGUGUAGGAGCAUACGAAGGUAAAAUGUAUCACCGACAUUAGGGUGUAUAGUGUGCAUUCGACCAAUUGUGUUCACAGAUUGACGUCGGAGGACCCAUUGUUUUGUUUGUUUGUUGAAUCAAAAUCUUUUAAUCAU